UAAAUCAAGGCAUUCAUCCAUACCCUAAGCCAGCUAGAGGAACGUUCUAACGAUACAACAGCUAGUCUGAUAAAAUAGGUAACAACCGCGAGCUUUCUAAGCGGUGCGAGACCUCUGGCAGAGAAUGAAACGCAGCUAUAAUGGGUGUAUUUAACAAAAACGGAACUAUUACGAACUUAGCCGUCAGCCUAUUCUGAUUUCUUCUGCUGCUGGUGGUAGACGUCAUUGGAGAAUUCACAUCGUGCAGGAUUUCUAUGGUGUUCUGGUUCUCUCUGCGCGUGCACAUAUAGAGGAUAACUUUCUGUGGGAUUGAAACACAACCGCUUCAACCAUGUCUGGCGCCUCGGUGAAAGUGGCUGUCAGAGUUCGGCCCUUCAACUCAAGGGAGAUCGGCAAAGAAUCAAAAUGCAUUAUACAAAUGCAAGGAAACUCCACCACUAUUUUGAACCCCAAGAACCCAAAAGAAGCUCCUAAAUCCUUCAGUUUUGACUAUUCUUACUGGUCUCAUACCUCGACGGACGACCCCUGCUUUGCGUCACAGUGCCUGGUCUUCAAUGACAUUGGAAAGGAGAUGUUACAGCAUGCCUUUGAGGGCUACAACGUCUGCAUUUUUGCCUACGGCCAGACCGGAGCUGGCAAGUCUUAUACCAUGAUGGGAAAGCAGGAGGAGGGUCAGGAAGGCAUCAUUCCUCUGCUCUGUGAAGACCUCUUCGAGAAAAUCAAUGACAAUAACAAUGAGGAGAUUUCGUACUCGGUGGAGGUGGCUUAUAUGGAAAUUUACUGUGAGCGAGUAAGGGAUCUUCUUAACCCUAAGAACAAAGGAAACCUACGUGUCAGAGAACAUCCCCUGCUCGGGCCCUAUGUAGAAGACCUCUCGAAACUGGCCGUCACCUCCUACACAGACAUUGCUGACCUCAUGGAUGCUGGUAACAAAGCCAGGACUGUGGCCGCCACCAACAUGAACGAAACCAGCAGCCGUUCCCACGCCGUCUUCACUAUCGUUUUCACCCAGAGGAAAUACGACAGCGGGACAGACCUGUCCACAGAGAAGGUCAGCAAAAUUAGCCUGGUGGAUCUGGCAGGAAGUGAGCGUGCUGACUCAACAGGAGCCAAAGGAACCAGACUGAAGGAGGGAGCAAACAUCAAUAAAUCUCUAACCACUCUCGGAAAGGUUAUUUCAGCACUGGCUGAGGUGGAUAAUUGUACCAGCAAGAGCAAAAAGAAAAAGAAGACAGACUUCAUUCCUUACCGAGACUCAGUGUUGACAUGGCUGCUCCGAGAGAAUCUAGGAGGGAACUCCAGGACAGCUAUGGUUGCCGCUUUGAGCCCUGCUGACAUCAACUAUGAUGAAACACUCAGCACACUCCGAUACGCUGACAGGGCCAAGCAGAUCAAGUGCAAUGCCGUCAUCAACGAGGACCCCAACGCCAAGCUGGUGCGAGAGCUUAAAGACGAGGUGCUGCGGCUGAAGGAGCUGCUUCAAGCCCAGGGCCUUGGAGACAUCCUGGACAUCGAGCCAUUGGGGGAUGAUUGCGUUGGAAGUGGAAUCAAAUACCUGAAAGAUAUACACAACAAUAAGCAUAGAUACUUGCUUGCCUCAGAGAACCAACGGCCUGGCCAUUUCUCCACAGCACCUAUGGGCUGCCUGACAGCCUCUCCAUCCUCCGGCUCUCUGUGCAGUCAGGCAGGUCUACAGUCCGUUUCCAGCAUCCAGGAACGCAUCAUGUCCACGCCGGGUGGAGAAGAGGCCAUCGAGAGGCUGAAGGAGUCCGAGAAGAUCAUAGCUGAACUGAACGAAACCUGGGAGGAGAAGCUGAGGAAAACAGAGGCCAUCCGUAUGGAGAGAGAAGCGCUGUUGGCAGAAAUGGGCGUGGCCAUAAGAGAGGAUGGAGGAACCCUGGGUGUCUUCUCUCCUAAAAAGACCCCUCACCUGGUGAAUCUAAAUGAAGAUCCUUUGAUGUCAGAAUGUCUUCUCUAUUAUAUCAAAGAUGGAAAAACAAGGGUGGGUCAAGCAGAUGCAGAGAGGAGACAGGACAUUGUUCUAAGUGGAGCGCACAUCAAAGAAGAGCACUGUAUCUUCCGCAGUGAGAGGAAUGCCAACGGAGACGUGAUCGUCACGUUGGAGCCAUGUGAGGGUUCUGAAACAUACGUGAACGGAAAACGCGUGAAUUCUUCAGUCCAGCUGCGCUCAGGUAACCGCAUUAUCAUGGGAAAGAACCACGUGUUCCGCUUUAACCACCCUGAGCAGGCUCGCGCGGAGCGUGAGAAAACCCCGACGGCGGAGACCCCUGUAGAGCCGGUGGACUGGACCUUUGCCCAAAGAGAACUGCUGGAGAAACAGGGUAUCGACAUGAAGCAAGAGAUGGAGAAGAGGCUAACAGAGAUGGAGAUCCUGUAUAAGAAAGAGAAGGAGGAGGCCGACCAACUGCUCGAACAACAGCGACUGGUCUAUGAGAGUAAACUGCAAGAGCUGCAGAAACAGGUGGAGACUCGCUCGCUGGCAGCAGAGACACCCGAUGAAGAGGAAGAAGAGGAGGAAGAGGAUGAAGUGCCCUGGACCCAGCACGAGUAUGAACUGGCCCAGUGGGCUUUCAGAAAGUGGAGAUACCAUCAGUUCACCUCGCUCAGAGACCAGCUAUGGGGCAAUGCUGUGUAUCUCAAAGAAGCCAAUGCCAUCAGCGUGGAGCUCAAGAAGAAGGUCCAGUUCCAGUUUGUCUUGCUCACUGACACACUGUAUUCUCCGCUGCCCCCGGAGCUGCUGCCCCCAGAGUCGGAGAAAGAGCGUGACGCAAGGCCUUUCCCUCGAACCGUGGUGGCUGUAGAGGUCCAAGACCUGAAGAAUGGAGCCACUCACUAUUGGUCCCUGGAGAAGCUGAAGCAGAGGCUGGAUCAGAUGAGAGAAAUGUACGAUCGAGCUGGGGAGAUGGCCUCGUCCAAUCAGGAAGAGGAUGGAGAAUGCGCCCUGACUGGCAGUGACCCGUUCUACGACCGUUUCCAUUGGUUUAAACUGGUUGGGAGCUCACCUAUUUUUCACGGCUGCGUGAACGAGCAUCUGGCGGACCGCACGCCCUCCCCCACCUUCUCCACCAGCGACUCUGAGAUCACAGAGCUGGCUGAUGAACGGCAGAGCGAGAUGGAGGACUUGAUAGACGACGAGGCCUUCGUAGAUGACACCAGCUCUGAUGCUGGAACAGAAGAGGGCUCCGACAUCUUCAGUGAUGGGCAGGACCCCUUUUAUGACCGCUCCCCCUGGUUCAUCCUGGUGGGCAGAGCCUUCGUGUACCUUAGUAACCUGCUGUACCCUGUGCCCCUGGUGCACCGUGUCGCUAUAGUAACAGAGAAGGGAGAUGUGCGAGGAUUCCUGCGAGUGGGGGUUCAAGCCAUCGCCGCGGAUGAAGAAGCUCCUGAUUAUGGAUCUGGUGUGCGUCAGUCAGGCACUGCUAAGAUUUCAUUCGAUGAUGAAUAUUUUAAAAAGAGUGAUUUCUCCUCCGUGGUCAUGACCCACUCUGGGCUCUCUUUGGAGGAACUGAGAAUUGUAGAAGGCCAAGGUCAGAGUUCAGAGGUCAUCACCCCCUCGGAAGAGAUGAACAGAAUAAAUGACAUGGAUCUAAAGCUCAACAACAUAGACACAAAUCUGGGCGACAGUUUGGCAGAUCAUCUGGAGGUGGGCAGUAUCUUCACCUUCCGCGUCACCGUCCUGCAGGCCAGCGGAGUCCCGCACGAGUACGCAGACAUCUUCUGCCAGUUCAAUUUCCUCCAUCGUCACGAUGAGGCGUUCAGCACCGAGCCGCUGAAGAACACAGGAAAAGGCUCCCCGCUGGGUUUCUACCACGUACAGAAUAUCUCAGUGGAGGUGACAGAAUCCUUUAUUGAAUACAUAAAGACCAAGCCAAUCGUGUUUGAGGUGUUCGGCCAUUACCAACAGCAUCCACUGCACUUUCAUGGACAGGAAGUGGUCAGCCCGUCUCAGCCUUCCAGGAAGUACUACCCCCCACCCAUGCCUCUGUCUAAACCAGUGCCAGCUACUAAACUCAACACCAUCACCAAGUCCAACCUGGGUCAAUGUGUGAGCAAGUAUGACCUGCUGGCCUGGUUUGAGAUCAGCGAACUGGAGCCAACUGGAGAGUAUAUUCCUGCAGUGGUGGAUCACACAGGGGGGCUUCCUUGUCACGGCACCUACCUACUGCACCAGGGCAUCCAGCGCAGAAUUACAGUCACUCUAAUUCACGAGAAAGGAUGUGAAAUGUACUGGAAAGAUGUCCGAGAGCUGGUGGUCGGUCGAAUCAGGAAUAAACCAGAAGUGGACGAUUCGGCCGCGGAUGCCGUUCUGUCGCUCAACAUCAUCUCUGCGAAAUACCUGAAAUCUUCUCACAACUCCAGCAGCCUGUGCAUUGAUAGCGAUAUUGCUAGGACAUUCUACCGCUUCGAGGCGGUCUGGGACAGUUCCCUGCACAACUCUCUCCUGCUGAACCGCGUCACUCCAUACGGAGAGAAGAUCUACAUGACUCUGUCUGCUUAUCUGGAGCUUGACCACUGCAUCCAACCUGCCAUCAUUACCAAGGACAUCUGCAUGGUCUUCUACUCUAGAGAUGCCAAGAUCUCUCCUCCACGCUCCCUGAGGAACCUGUUCGGAAGCGGUUACUCCAAGACCCCUGACUGUAAUAAAGUAACUGGCAUCUAUGAGCUCAGCUUGUGCAAGAUAGCCCACACAGGAAGCCCAGGCAUGCAGCGACGGAGACGGAAGAUUCUGGAUACGUCAGUGGCAUACGUGCGUGGAGAAGAGAACCUGGCUGGCUGGAGGCCCAGAGGAGACAGUCUGAUCCUCGAGCAUCAGUGGGAACUGGAGAAGCUCGAGCAGUUGCAUGAGGUGGAGAAGACGCGUCAUCUGCUGCUGCUUCGUGAGAAGCUGGGUGAGACCGCUCCCCCCAAAUCCCUGAGCGACUCUCUGUCCCCCAGCCUGAGCAGCGGGACCCUCAGCACCUCCACCAGCAUCUCCUCUCAGAUCUCUUCUACAACCUACGAGAGCGCCAUCACGCCCAGUGAGAGCAGCGGAUACGACUCAACGGACGUCGAGAGCUUGGCAGACCGUGAGAAGGAGCUGGCAACUAAGUGCCUCCGGCUCCUGACACACACCUUCAACAAUGAAUAUAACCAGAUGUACAACAGCAUCAGUGACUGCAAGUUGUCAGAUAUCUCUCCUAUGGGCCGGGACCCGUCAGUUACUAGUUUCAGCAGUGCCACUCUCACCCCGUCCUCCACCUGCCCGUCUCUGUCAGACUCUCGGACCCCUGAAGCUAACUCUCGCGCCACCAGCCCCUCGUGCUCCGACUACGAGAACUUCCCCAUGGUGCCCAUCCUGGAAACAUCCUACCUGGCGCGCGCCGGCAAACACGAGUUCCUCAACCUUUUGCCUGAUAUUGAGGAGAUGAGACCAGGGUCUGUGGUGUCCAAGAAGGGAUUCCUCAGCUUCAUGGAGCCCCGUACUAACUCCUGGGUGAAGAACUUUGUGGUGGUCCGUCGACCGUACGUGUUCAUCUACAACAACGAUAAGGACCCGGUGGAAAGGGGCGUGCUGAAUUUGUCCACUGCUCAGGUGGAAUACAGUGAAGACCAGGAGGCCAUGCUCAAGACACCGAAUACGUUUGCCGUGUGCACCAAGCACAGAGGAAUUCUGCUCCAGGCUAAUAAUGACAAAGAUAUGAAUGACUGGCUGUAUGCCUUCAACCCGCUGCUAGCAGGAACAAUAAGGUCAAAGUUGGCGAGGAGACGGUCCGGUCUGAUGAAGAACUGAACAAGGGUCACGUCGUGCAAAGAUAGUGCUCAUUUUUUUCUCUGUCUGCCUUUACAACGUACCAAGUGUGUGAACACUUCUAAAUCUUUGUGAUUCUUGACGGUUUCUCUUGUAUGUAGACCUGUGGCUCUCUUCUCCUCUCCAGCGAAUUAACUUUGAGUUCACCAAAUCUCUCUAUUUCUCUCCUAAUCCAUUGUGUUAUCGGAUUUUUUCUGUCUUCAGUUCUUUGUCAUAACUGAACCUCCUUCAAGUAGCAUGUUGUAAUUGUCCGUUUGCGUGUGCACGAAUCUUCAGAGCAAGUUCUUCUUUUUCUUGAGUUACUCUCGUCUGUGAAGAUCGUCCUUACCAGUGUUGUCUGCCGGGAACUUCUCGCUCACGUGGCGACAGCCACAAACCUUAUGAGGAAGUUGAUUUGCUAAAAGCCCAUAAAAAUGCUUUUAGGAAAAAAUAAAUAUUAAUAUUAAUAACUUAAUGA